AGGCUGGACAAGGCUGGGAUUGUUCCCUGGCUCCCUUUGUCUCCCCACUCCCUGCCCAGGCCUGGCCUGCCUGCCUGGCCGCUCUCCUCUCCCUCCAUCAGCCCAGCUGGCAGGAGCCUGGGCCUCCGCCCCGUGGAGCCCCAGCCUGCUGACCCGCCAGCUUAGGAGCACCUGUCAAGCUCUGGGUAAGGAAGCUCGCCUUCUGGGGCUCUGACACUCCUCUUCUGGGGAAACAGAGGUCAACGUGGAGGUGCCAGGUCACCAUGCUCAGUCUCAAGCUGCCUCAGCUCCUUCGAGUGCACCAGGUCCCCAGGGUGUUCUGGGAAGAUGGCAUCAUGUCUGGCUACCGCCGCCCCACCAGCUCGGCCUUGGACUGUGUCCUCAGCUCUUUCCAGAUGACCAACGAGACGGUCAACAUCUGGACUCACUUCCUGCCCACCUGGUACUUCCUGUGGCGCCUCCUAGUGCUGGCCGGGGGCCCGGGCUUCCGCGCGGAGCCGUACCACUGGCCGCUGCUCGUCUUCCUGCUGCCCGCCUGCCUCUACCCCUUCGCGUCGUGCUGCGCGCACACCUUCAGCUCCAUGUCGCCCCGCGCGCGUCACAUCUGCUACUUCCUGGACUACGGUGCACUCAGCCUAUACAGUCUGGGCUGCGCCUUCCCCUAUGCCGCCUACUCCAUGCCGGCCUCCUGGCUGCACGGCCGCUUGCACCAGCUCUUUGUGCCUGCCGCCGCACUCAAUUCCUUCCUGUGCACCGGCCUCUCCUGCUACUCCCGGUUCCCCGAGCUCGAAAGCCCUGGGCUCAGUAAGGUCCUCCGCACAGCAGCCUUCGCCUAUCCCUUCCUGUUCGACAACCUCCCACUCUUCUAUCGGCUCGGGCUGUGCUGGGGCCGGGGCCACAGCUGUGGCCAGGAGAUGCUGAGCACCAGCCACGGCUACCACCUCUUCUGCGCGCUGCUCACUGGCUUCCUCUUCGCCUCCCACCUGCCCGAGCGCCUGGCACCAGGACGCUUUGACUACAUUGGCCACAGUCACCAGCUAUUCCACAUCUGUGCAGUGCUGGGCACCCACUUCCAGCUGGAAGCGGUGCUGGCUGAUAUGAGAUCUCGCCAAGCCUGGCUGGCCACACAGGAACCCCCCCUGGACCUGGUGGGCACAGUGGCCACACUGGGCUUGGCAGUGGCUGGAAACCUACUCAUCAUUGCCGCUUUCACAGCCUCCCUGCUUCGGGCCCCCGGUACAUGCCCGUUGCUGCAGGAUGGCCAACUAGAGGGGGGUACCCAAGCCAAACAGCAGUGAGGCCCCAUUCCUAACCCUGCCCUGGAGGAAGGCAGAGGCCAGGCCCCAGUGCUGGGAGGAGCCCAGACCUGGGCCUGUAAGGUGGAGACACAUCUCAGCCUGGAACCAAGAGUGGCUGAGGCGAGAGAGCAGAGGAGAGAGGGCAGCGGAGAAGGGGGGUGUUCAGGGGGCUGGGGGGAGACUAGCAGAGAGGGAGAGGGACCGUGAGGGGCUCUUGAUGGGAGUGGGGCAAGUGCUGAGGGUCUGAGAGGGGGGGUGUGUGUGUCCGGGCUGGAGCUGUACCCAUGGCCUGUUGGAGUUUGGGGUGGGGAGAUGGGGGCCCUUUCAUCUGGCCCCGUUUCUGGUGCUCCUGGAAGUCUCUGCUCAGCCCAGGGAAGAACUAACAUGACUAACCCAGGCCUACCUCGCAUGCUUGUUAACCAGGCUGGGAGGCUACGCACUUGGCCCCCACCCCCAAACCAGGUAGCGCCCAGUUUGCCAGCAGUUAUUUAUCUGUAGAGAUGAGUCUGUCUGUCUUUGUCAUUAACUGUGUACUUGAGGUGUCCAGGCUUUUGGGGACUGGGUCCAUCUGGGUGUGUCACUGGCGGCAGACCAGAUUGAGGUGGGGGCAGGGGAGUGCUAGGCUGGCUGCGGGGAACCAUAGUUAGACUUUAGGAAGCCAUCCUCAAUGCUUUCUGGAACAAGGCAGGUACAAAUAAAUAAAUAAA